AUGAAUGAGUCCUUGUGCCUGGGCGGCCGUAGCCGGACAUUCAGGUCGUGGCAUGCAGUCCUCGGCCUUUUACUGCUGGUGGCAACCUGUAUCCCCGUCGCCGACGCUGCGUUUGUCGAAUUCACCAAUUGCCUCAGUGGUAACAUUGUCGACUCCGAUCCCCAGCUUCUCCAGUUUGUUCCUCUGAAUGUAUCAGCAGUCUUCGAUCUUGCUAGAGAGAACCAGCCCCUCAACAUCACCGUCUAUGGUAAUGUGACCGGAAAAGCUACGGACGAACCUUACCCUCCGCCGAGUGAUCCAUCAUGGAAUGACACGAGUAAUCAAUUUGGCAAGAUACCGGAUUUCAUAAGUGGGAACCCCGCGUAUACGACUCUGGUGGGCGAGCUGAACGUUCUGAGCUAUACGCCCUACACGGUGCCUGCAGAGAGAUUCUGUAACAGUACUGUGCAAGGCAAUUGCCCUCUUGGUCCUGCAUUCUUCGCGACCCGAAAUGAACUCGACCGUCUGCCAGCUUUUGCAAUUCACGCGCAGAUGAACUCAACGUAUUCGUUCACCUCAAUAUCGGCGCGACUGAGAAUCCUCGCCGGUGACCAAGCUGCAAGCUCAUACGGCUGCGUUCUUGCAAUUAUAACUCCGGACCUUGGUGAUACAUUGAGUGGCCUGCUAAGAUACCUACCCCUAGCCAUUCUCAUUAUGGUCGGUGUGGCGACCAUCGCAGCAGCGGUGCUCAGUCCCUGGGGAAGCUCCGACAUUUUCAAUUGGACCAGCAAUUUCGGCCGCGAUGAGGAUCUCCUCCGCCUGGUCACACCCGGCUUCGCCGACUGCCUCCAGUAUCUGCAAUUCAUCGUACUCACCGGCAGUCUGACCCUCAAUUAUCCGGGUUUCUAUCAGCCAGUUGUGAGCCGAGUGUCAUGGUCUGCGCUCAUGUUCAACCAAAGCUUGGUCAGUGGCGUCCAUUACCAGCCUGUUGUUGAUGGCGUCUACCAGUACGGUACCCGAUCGAUUUACGGCUUAGACCGCAUGACGCGCUUGGUUGGUAUGGGCUCUUCUCGCGAUACCUGGGCUGGCAUGAUCCUUUGGCUGGUAAUCAUUGUCGUGGCGAUCGCAAUCCUCACUCAAGUCGGCUUCGCCUGUCGCUGGGCAUAUCGACAAGUCGCAAAGAUCGAAGCGGAAGAUCUCCGGUCCAAGAACGGACCUUUCACGGCCGGCAACUGCAUUCGGAUCUCCCUCAACUACUUUCUCUUGCCAUUGGCGUCACUCUCCUUCUACCAGCUGGUAAUUGCCUCGCGUGGACCAUCUUACUCUGUCGCCAUCGCAGUUAUCCUCAUGGUCGUCGUUAUACUAUUCUCGGUUAGGCUCUUCUUUCUCUUUCUCAGGACGAAGCCAAGAGCUUUUCUUUUCGACGAUUUGAUCACUGUUCUGGCAUAUGGACCUCUGUAUAACACCUACUGUGACGAUGCCGCGAUGUUCGCUCUGGUGCCCAUCGUUGUCAAUUUUACCCGCGGGAUAGCAAUUGGCGCUGUUCAGCCAUCUGGUGUGGCUCAGAUCGUUGUUCUGGCAAUCUGCGAGAUUGUUAUGAUCCUCACUCUCAACGCGUUCCGGCCAUUUCCCUCGGCUACCUCGAUGAACAUCUACCAUACGUGCUUCUCGGCCAUUCGCUUUGUCACUCUUCUUCUCUCAAUCGCCUUUGUGCCUACUUUGGAAGUGUCGGACGGAACAAGAGGUUGGAUUGGGUAUGCGAUACUGUUGAUCCACGCCUGUGUGCUUGUAUUUGGCUUCUUCUUGAAUGCCGUCCAGACAUUGAUUGAGGUUGUUGCGCGGCUCGCUGGGGCAGGGGGCCAUAGCGAUGAUGGCAGCGCUACUAGAGGUGGCUUGGUCAAGGCAUUUGGCAUGCGUCAGUUAUCGAGAAGGGUACCUCGGCGUGCCACGCCACAGGAACGUAACAGCAUGGCUUCUGGAGCUGCUAUGCUCGAACGUAUGGACACAGAACCUAAGGACCUCAACAUGACACGAUCAAGGACCAGGAGUAUCUCUGCAAGCUCAACAUUGCUUUUGCAGCAAGCACGAAACAAUCCCGCUAGGAUGAGCCAAAAUCUUGACGGGCUUAGCGCUGGUCAGAGUACACCCGAUGCAUCCAGCACUGUGUCGAAGCGGUUGACGAACCGAUUAAGUGCUCAAUCUGCCGGAGGCAUUGUCGGACUUCAACAUCAGGUUGAUAAGAAAGAUCCGUACUACCGACCACCCAGAAGGAACACCAUGGAUGCUCUCAAUUCCCCGGACAAACGAUCAAGUGCAGACUGGUCUAAUCCUAAGACCGGUCUGAUGGCUGAUGAGCAAGCCAUGGUUGACGAUGACGCUGGCGAAGGCACCUCCCGCUUCGGCCGCGGGGAGCGGGAUGACUUCGAAGACUUGCCAGUCGAUGCAUCCAGGCCUGCCAAGGACUACGCUGUGCGAGAAGUUGACUUCUACUACGGCGUUCGAGGGCCAGCUCUAUCGAGUGGAACACGGAAGCUAAAAACUGGGCCUGCUGAUCCAACAGGCACUGUAUCCUCUGCGACCGGCUGGUUCAAAAACCUGUUUGGUGGUAAAACGCAUGAGAAACAUAAGGGUUUUGAGGUUGUCAGGAGUGCUCGGGCACCCCCUCCUGGGCUUAUGCCACCCGCGCCAGGCACCGAAAGAGCGAUCCAGGAGCCAUACCGCGAUGACCCUCAGAGCCCGGUCGCAGCUCGAGCAGGUAGAAGUGCGUCUCUACACUCAGUCUCCCAACGCCCACCACGGGAAAGCGCUCUGUAUGAUGAUGCAUCGAGCAGCGAUACUUCGGAUGACGAACCUGGGAGCCCCAGUCCCAUUCCAGCGAAGCCGCCAUCACUUCCCCUAAUAAAUACGGUGGGCGAUAUUGAGCUGCCAAGUCGAAUCGGGUCGGAGAAAUCUCGUAAAUCUCGGAAAGGUCAACGUUCAACUUUGGAGGAUGUUCCUGCAGUGCCAGCUAUUCCCCGCAAGAGCUCUAGGAGGCAUUCUUCUCGAGAUUUGGCUGCACCAUCAGCAUCACUAACGGGACCUGCUGAGCUGUCUAGCAUUCAGGGUUCGCCCAAUCAGCAACGAGGUAGUCAAGCUACCAUGAAGAGUGCGAGCCGCCUUCCAUUCACAAACGUACAGGCAUCGCCCUCAAAGGUCAACCGCCACUCGAUGGGCGGAGAUUCAGUCGCGUCAGAUUACAUGCAUGUGGGCGACGAGGAAAAUGCAGCGCCCGUGUCAUACACUCAGCAUUUACGGCAGACUUCGUCAGCACUAGGAAGCCAUGCAUUUGACGAUCGACCGUCUAGCGUGGGUUUCGUACCACAACAUCGCGCAAGUGAUGCUAUCCACCACAGUCCAGACUCGACGGAAUUCGAGGGAAGUGUGGCCGAGGUCCUGGGCCGGCCAAGUCGAGCGCGGUAG